ACGAAAAGAAAGAGCGAGAAGAAAAAAGUUGCCAAAUCAAAAUGGUCACCGAGCCGAAGUCCGUUGAGCCCAAGGUCAGCACCAAGGAGGCGCAGUGCCAGUCAUCGGACUGCGAGACUUCCCAGCAGGAGCCGGUCUCGCAAGUAAGCAGCCCGAAGGUCGCCCGUGUGGGGAUCUUCAAUGCCGAGGACUUCUUGUCGCGUGCUCAGAUGAACGACAAAAUCAACAACAUCUUGCGCUCGCCCACCAAGCCGCCCAACGGGGUGCGCCAGCGCUCCGUCUACACCAACAACCCAUCGCCGCAAGCAAGCUUGCGUGUCGGCAUGACUGGGGGCAGCUGUCCCAACGCAUGAGCAACAUCUCGCUGUCCUCCCCGUCGGCAGUCAGUCGGCCCGUCCAUACGUCCAACUGCCGGGCAUACACAUUUCCAACCCUCCCCAGUACGGGCCAGGAAAUAUGCAGGAAAUAGACGCUGGCAAAAUGGCGCACAACGGCAAGGCACACACAGGGCGCUACAAUGCCACGCCCACCUAUGGCUUCGACAACGAGCAGAACUACUGCCUGAAUUCCCAACAGUUGCCGUCUCCAGUGCCCCCUCCACCAUACGCCUUGGCACGCGUGAGCAGCACACGCAACUUCGAGCUCGAGAACCACAC